UGGACCACGUACCGUGCACGAUCCUGUCUUACGAUUCACUUCCCAGAACUGCUCUGGCCAAGAAGGGAAAAAAAGUUAUUGAUUGGACUCACAGCGGCUGUAUUUAAAGCGCAGGUGAUCUGGCCCGUUCCACAUGCGAGUUAAGGGUAGGAAGGGGGCUUAUUCUGUAUGUUUAACGAGGUCUUUCGGCAUGACGUUCGGUGUUUAUAUCUUUGUUAACAUAGUAAAUAUUUUAUUUGCUGCUGGAUCUUGGUGCUUCCCGCUACUCGACUCGGGACCUCAGUAUGACAAUGGCUGGGGGCAGCCUGUCCGUCUUAGGCAUUUGUACGCUGCGAGGCGUGGACUGCAUUUGCAGAUCAACCCCGAUGGCAAAGUGGAUGGGUCUGUUCUUCAAAGCGCUAAUAGUGAGUAUAUUAACUGUCGGGGAUGGAAGAGGAUGACCAGAGCUAAGGCGACCCAUUACACUAGUGAUGGAGAUCCUGGCCAAAAAUAAAUUUAACGGACAACAAAGCAGUUUGUUGUGUAUUAUUUGCUGCGGUGAAAAAACGGGCCACACUUAAUUGUAUAUUCAUGUUUAAAUUUAUAAUGAAGUAUAUUUUUAUUCAGGCCUAUUGUAUAUUCUUGUUAGUAAAAUGGUCAGUCAAUGAAAGUAUACAAUUUAUUGAAGCACCACUUGUAAUUGCAAAGUAUAUGAAUUAAAAGCAUCACAUGCAAUGGAAAUACAACUUUAGCUGGUUUAAAAUGAGUGUACAUGCAUUUCCCAUUAGUUUGUAAUCUUUAAGAAAAAUGAGAAAAGUUAAUCACUUUUUUUUUAGGUUUAAUGGAAGUCGUACCUGUUGAUACAGGAUUUGUUGUUAUCAAAGGUGUAGCGACUUCCAACUACCUUUGCAUGGAGCAAAGUGGAAAAUUGUACGGAUCGACCACCUAUGUCAAAGACAGCUGCUCGUUUGAGGAGCGAGUUCUUCCCAAUGGAUACAACAUCUACGUCUCAGACAAACACGGCAUGGCAGUGACCCUGUGCAGCAGCAUGCAGAGGCGGCAGGACCAGCAAGGAGGCCCGUCUUCUCUGUCUCACUUCUUGCCACUGGCGAGCACUGUUUCACUGGAGCCAGUGAACAUUCAGCAGGCAGAAGCUGAGGAACCUGUCAACACCGGGCAGGAUCCACUGGACAGUAUGGACCCUUUCGGAAACCCGUCCUGGGUCUUCAUGCAUAGUCCCAGCUUUCAGUGACCACCAUCAUCUUUGUCCAUGUCCGUCAUCCCUCUUGAGCUUGCAGAAGGUCAGGCAGAGCAAGAAAUUGUAGAAUGGAUCUGGAAUUACAGUCUGAUAGGAGAUAAAAAGCUGAAGUGCCCCGAAGAAUGCCAUGCUCACAGCCCAUAAUGGGCCACUCCAGUUCAGGAAGAGUACUAGCAUUUAGAAAUUGGGGCAUUUAGAAAGUUUUUUUCUAUUAUUACAGAAUUUUGUUUUGAUUAUUAAGAUAAAUUUUUGUUCAUAAAUGCACCGAUAUAUUUAAACAUUUUUUUUAUUUAAUUUUUUUGCUGUAGCUCUUC